AUGUUUCUGCCAUCAAUUCCUCCUCCUCGCUACCUUCUCUUGGCUCUGUUCUUCCUCUGCUUGCCACCCAUUAUUCCUUCCUCCGCCGUGACUUUCCGGUCAAAUUCCACUGCACGGCGGUGGCGCGUGGCCGACACGUUGCAUGGACCCCAUGUAACGGCGCGUUACCUAUAUUUUCCCGGGAAGCCACGGUGGACGCGGCGAAUGCCGAUGGUGCUGACGUACGCAUUCUUGAAGGAAAAUUGGAUAAGCAAUUUGAGUUUAAAAGACGUGAAAUUCGUAUUUCGUACGGCGUUUUCUAAAUGGGCCCACGUGAUUCCGGUGAGGUUCGAGGAGACGGAGGAUUAUGGGUUUGCUGAUAUUAAAAUUGGGUUUUAUAGAGGCGAUCACGGCGACGGGCAGCCGUUUGACGGCGUGCUUGGGGUUUUGGCGCAUUCUUUUUCGCCGGAGAUUGGGAGGCUCCACCUGGAUGCGGCGGAGACGUGGGCGGUUGAUUUCGAGGAGGAGAAGUCGGCAGUGGCGGUUGAUUUGGAAUCUGUGGCGACGCAUGAGAUUGGGCAUUUGUUGGGGCUGGGUCACAGCUCGGUGAGAGAAUCGGUGAUGUAUCCCAGCUUGAAGCCGAGGGAAAAGAAGGCGAAUUUGGAAGUGGAUGACGUGGAAGGUGUGCAAGCUUUGUACGGAUCCAAUCCCAAUUUCAGGUUUGAGUCUUUGGAAUUGGAGUCUGAUACUUCUGCCACGUGGACAAUGACCUGGAAUUUUCCCAUUUCUUUCUUUUUCUUUCUCACUUCCAAUUUUAUUGUUUUUCCAUGACCAUUAAAAUAGCGAGAUUUAGAUUAUACUUACUUCUAAGAAGCUUGACUACACGCUUAGCUUGUAGCUAUAUAUUAGUGUAAGCAGUCGUUCGAAAUAUA